AUGGCAUCGAUUACUGCUCAGCGUCGCCUCCUUCAAGAAUAUCGUGCCCUGACUAAUAAUGCACCAGAAGGCAUUACCGCAGGUCCGGUGUCGGAAGAUGAUUUAUUGUGCUGGGAAGCCUUAAUUCAAGGACCAGAGGGUACACCAUUUGAAGGAGGAGUCUUUGCCGCCGAGUUAAAGUUCCCAAAGGAUUAUCCGCUUGCACCGCCUAGUAUGAGGUUUCUUGGGGAAGUUUGGCAUCCUAAUGUCUACCCGAGCGGUCUCGUCUGUAUAUCUAUUCUCCAUCCUCCCGGAGAUGACCCAAAUCACUACGAACAUGCCUCCGAGCGCUGGUCACCAAUACAGAGUGUUGAGAAGAUCUUAUUAAGCGUAAUGAGUAUGUUGGCGGAACCAAAUGAUGAGAGUCCAGCGAAUGUCGAGGCUGCCAAGCAAUGGAGAGAGCACAGAUCGGAAUAUGAGCAAAAGAUCCCAGAUUCAAGGAAAGGAAAGAUGCUGGGCUAUACUGGUAUGUCGUUUGUGGAGCCAUUCGAAGGGUAG